AUCUUCAACUCCAUAUCUCAGCAUCACGAUAUCACUCUUGCAAGAAAUGCGCACUUUGUCAUUUUGCUCACAUCGUUGUGUUCAUAUUCAACAACGACUCUGUAAAAAAUUGGAGUGAUUCUUUCUCCAGAACUUUCUGGGCUUUUCUGAUCGUCUAAAUUUGUACAGCAAGAAUUUGUUCUUGAACUUUUUGAUUGUGUUUGGUGCGAAAUUUCUUGCUCUUGCUCAAUGGCUGCUUCUUCUUGUCAAAACCCUUUUAGGAUUAGUGCUAAUCUUGUUGGGAGUUCAAGAUUUUUGCUUCCGAAAGUAGAAUUAUCAGUAGUUAAUUUCCCUCCAAAUGUAGAAUUUUCAAGACUCGGUUUUUACCGAAGUUUGACGUGUAAGGAGUAUGGCGGUCAUGUACAUUGCUCAUCGAACACUGAUGGUGCCGUGAACGAGGAGGCCCUAACACCGAUUCUUGAUAUGGUUGACAAUCCCAUGAAUUUGAAAAAUUUAAGUUUGAAGGAGCUGAAGCAGCUGGCUGAUGAUAUUCGAACAGAAUUAUCCAUCAUGUCAAAAACUAACAAAUCUUUUCGACCGAGCCUAUCCGUGGUAGAACUAGCAGUUGCUAUUCAUCACGUUUUUCAUGCCCCAGUGGACAAGAUACUCUGGGAUAUGGAAGACCAAACAUAUCCUCACAAGCUUCUCACAGGGAGAAGGGCUUGCCUGAAUAAAUCAGGGCAGGUUGACGAUCUUUCCAGCUAUGCAUGUCGUAAUGAGUAUGACCCGUUUGGAGCUGGGCAUGGAUGUAGCAGCAUAUCUUCUGGACUUGGAAUGGCUGUUGCACGAGAUAUUAAGGGAAAAAGAGAUCGUAUAGUUUCAGUAAUCAGCAAUGAAACGACCAUGGCCGGCCAGGUGUAUGAGGCUAUGAGCAAUGCAGGUUAUUUGGAUUCAAAUAUGGUAGUGAUAUUAAACGACCGUCAUCACUCAUCAAAUCCUAAGCUCGAUCAAGCCCCAAAGGCAUCGAUCAAUGCUGUAUCUAGUACUCUUAGCAAGCUGCAAUCUAGUCAGUUUUUCCGCAAAUUUAGAGAAGUUGCCAAGGUUCUUACUAAGAGAAUUGGCCGUGGGAUGCACGAAUGGGCUGCCAAAAUCGAUGAGUAUGCACGAGGGAUGGUGGGUCCUCCGGGAUCAACUCUAUUUGAGGAGCUCGGGUUGUAUUAUAUUGGCCCUGUUGAUGGGCAUAACAUUGAAGACCUACUUUGUGUUUUGCACGAAGUGGCUUCAUUGGAUUCGAUGGGACCGGUUCUUGUUCAUGUCGUAACGAAGGAGGAGUAUGCAGUAGAAGAUAACCAGAUGGGUAAAGUAUCGGAAGAAUGUGUCGAAGGUCCCUUUACCAUUGAAGCAGCGCCCUUCAGGUCUCGACCUCAAACAUAUAGCGACCACUUUGCAAAGGCUUUGAUCACAGAGGCGGAGAUAGACGAAGAUAUUGUGGUGGUCCAUGCAGGGAUGGGAAUGGAGACAUCAUUUCGAGCAUUAAAAGAUAAAUUGCGUGACAGAUUUUUCGACGUUGGUAUGGCCGAGCAGCAUGCAGUAACUUUCUCUGCUGGGCUUGCUUGUGGAGGAUUGAAGCCUUUCUGUAUAAUUCCUGCGUCGUUCCUGCAGAGAGCAUACGAUCAGGUAGUUCACGACGUAGACAGGCAGAAGAUUCCUGUGCGUUUUGUUCUCACAAGUGCCGGACUAGUCGGGUCCGAUGGUGCCACGCAUUCAGGAGCCUUUGACAUAACAUUCAUGUCGUGCCUGCCUAACAUGAUCGUGAUGGCACCAUCUGACGAGAUUGAGCUUGCUCGUAUGGUGAGCACUGCUGCGGACAUUGAGGACCGACCAGUUUGCUUUCGCUAUCCUAGAGGUGCCAUUGCUAGUAUGGACCCUAACUUGCAUCUUCGUGAACCGAUUGAGGUUGGUAGAGGAAGGUUACUCGUAGAGGGUAAAGAUAUCGCUCUGCUCGGCUUUGGUUCCAUGGUACAAAAUUGUCUUCGGGCGCAUGCCAUUCUCUCGAAUAUGGGUAUAGAUGUCACCGUUGCUGACGCGAGAUUUUGCAAGCCGCUCGACAUAAAGCUGGUGAGGAUGCUAUGCAAGAACCACAAGUUCCUCAUCACAGUCGAGGAAGGUUCUAUCGGAGGUUUUGGAGCACACGUCGCUCAGUUCAUUUCUCUCGACGGCCUUCUCGAUGCUGGAAUUAAGUGGCGCCCCAUCACGCUGCCCGACAACUACAUCGAGGGGGCACAGCCUAACGAUCAGCUUGCGGCUGCAGGGCUGACCGGAAACCACAUUGCUGCGACGGCGUUGAAUCUCCUCGGCCGCACCCGCGACGCUCUUCUCUUGAUGUGCUAGUGUAUGCUACCCGCCACAAGUAAAUGUAAAAUACAUUAGGGUUAACAUCAACAAUGUAUAGAGUCUUUGUGCAUAUGUAACAAAAAGUGCGACUCUAUUUUUGGUUGGGAAGGUUUUUUUUUUUUUUUGGAAAAAAAAGGAAUUUAAAGAAAGAAAGACACUCAUACUCUAGUCUUUUAAAUUAAAUUUUGUGAAACUUAUUCUUACAUUUUUAUUUUUAUUUUUUUUGUGGAA